UCCAGCCAGUAUAUGGGGCUGUGAGUGUGCGCGCUGAAGGCUCUCUGCACUGCAGCCUCCUCCUUCCCUCUCUCUCUCUCUCCUUCCCUCUCUCUCACCGAGCAUCGCUGCAGCAUUCGGCAUCAGUCCCUGGGAAGCAAGAAGAGAGGUGGCAGCCGGGGUGCUUGGGAGAGAGGAUGCUGAAUAACCUGACAGAGUGUGAGGAGGGAGAGGGAGGCACCAGUCAAGGAGAUGGAAACCCCAAGGAAAGUUCCCCGUUCAUUAAUAGUUCUGAACUUGAUACAGGAAAGAACAUGGCGUUAUUUGAGGAGGAAAUGGAUACCAGUCCCAUGGUGUCUUCCCUUCUCAGCGGCUUGGCAAAUUACACAAAUCUGACUCAGGGCGUGAAGGAGCACGAGGAGGCUGAGAAUAAUGAAGGAGCCAAGAAGAAGCCAGUUCAGGCACCAAGGAUGGGCACCUUUAUGGGUGUCUACCUGCCUUGCCUACAGAACAUCUUCGGUGUGAUCCUGUUCCUUCGUCUCACCUGGGUCGUGGGAGUCUGUGGCAUUUUUGAGUCAUUCAUCAUUGUUGUCAUGUGCUGCUCAUGUACCAUGCUGACUGCUAUCUCAAUGAGCGCCAUCGCUACCAAUGGAGUUGUGCCAGCCGGUGGUUCGUAUUACAUGAUCUCUCGCUCACUGGGACCGGAGUUCGGAGGAGCCGUUGGACUUUGCUUUUACCUGGGGACCACAUUUGCAGGAGCUAUGUACAUUCUUGGAACCAUCGAGAUCUUAAUAACCUAUCUCUUCCCCAACAUGGCUAUCUUUAAAGCAAAGGAAGCCAGCGAGGAGCCUGCAGUUCUACUCAAUAACAUGCGUGUGUACGGCACGUGUGUACUUACCUGCAUGGCCGUUGUGGUGUUUGUGGGAGUGAAGUACGUUAACAAGUUUGCGUUGGUUUUCCUUGGCUGCGUGAUCCUAUCAAUCUUGUCGAUAUACGCUGGAGUAAUCAAGACUGCAUUCGACCCACCAGACUUCCCUGUCUGUAUCCUUGGUAACCGGACGUUAUCUCAGAAAGGGUUUGAUAUCUGUGCGAAGUUCAUUGACAAUGGCAACGAGACAGUCACCACCAAACUCUGGGCUCUCUUUUGUUCUUCUCCAUUUCUGAAUGCCACGUGUGAUACGUAUUUUGCCCAGAAUAAUGUGACUGAAAUUCAGGGCAUCCCUGGUGCUGCCAGUGGACUUAUCAAAGAUAACCUGUGGUCUUACUAUAUGAGAACGGGAGUGAUAGUGGAGAAGAUAGGACUCACUUCUGUAAGCAACAGUGAGACUGUUAGUCUGAACCAGCCAUAUGUAUUUAGUGACAUGACAACUUACUUCACUCUCUUGGUGGGCAUAUAUUUUCCCUCCGUCACAGGAAUUAUGGCAGGGUCCAACAGGUCUGGAGAUCUGCGAGAUGCCCAGAGGUCUAUUCCCAUUGGCACCAUAAUGGCCAUUGCCACAACAUCUUUUGUGUAUAUUACAUCUGUUGUUUUAUUUGGGGCUUGCAUUGAGGGUAUAGUCUUGCGUGACAAGUUCGGGGAGGCGGUGAAUGGAAAUCUGGUGGUGGGAACCCUAGCUUGGCCAUCACCUUGGGUCAUUGUGAUUGGAUCUUUCUUCUCCACUUGCGGAGCCGGGUUGCAGAGCUUGACCGGAGCACCACGACUGCUUCAGGCUAUCUCACGGGAUGGCAUUGUGCCUUUUCUGAGGGUGUUCGGCCAUGGUAAAGCUAAUGGCGAACCAACAUGGGCCCUACUCCUUACAGCCUGUAUUUGUGAGAUCGGGAUCCUUAUUGCAUCUCUAGACGAAGUGGCUCCAAUCCUUUCUAUGUUUUUUUUGAUGUGUUACAUGUUUGUUAACUUGGCCUGUGCAGUGCAGACUUUGCUCAGGACUCCCAAUUGGAGGCCUCGCUUCAAAUAUUACCACUGGACCCUUUCAUUCCUUGGCAUGAGUCUUUGUUUGUCCCUCAUGUUUAUCUGCUCCUGGUACUAUGCUUUAGUGGCCAUGCUGAUUGCUGGUCUGAUCUACAAAUACAUUGAAUACAGAGGGGCCGAAAAAGAGUGGGGUGAUGGGAUCCGAGGUCUGUCACUCAGUGCUGCUCGCUAUGCCCUCUUACGUUUGGAAGAAGGACCACCACACACCAAGAACUGGAGGCCCCAGCUGCUUGUUCUGGCCCGAGUAGAUCAGGAGCAGAAUGUCGUUCAUCCACAGUUACUGUCCCUCACCUCUCAGUUGAAGGCUGGAAAGGGUCUCACCAUUGUUGGUUCAGUACUAGAAGGAACCUACCUGGAAAAUCACCCACAGUCCCAGCGUGCAGAAGAGUCUCUUCGCCGGAUUAUGGAAACAGAGAAAGUGAAAGGUUUCUGCCAGGUGGUUAUUUCUUCAAAUAUCCGGGAUGGUAUUUCCCAUUUAAUUCAGUCUAGCGGACUUGGAGGUCUUCAACAUAACACAGUUCUAGUUGGCUGGCCAAGGAAUUGGAGGCAGAAGGAAGACCAUCAGACCUGGAGGAAUUUUAUCGAACUUGUACGAGAGUCGACUGCUGCUCACCUGGCCCUGAUUGUUGCCAAAAAUGUGGCCUUGUUUCCUGGAAACCAGGAGAGGUUUUCUGAAGGCAAUAUCGAUGUCUGGUGGGUGGUCCAUGAUGGGGGAAUGCUGAUGCUUCUUCCAUUCCUCCUUCGUCAUCACAAGGUCUGGAAACGCUGCACGAUGAGGAUCUUCACAGUAGCUCAGAUGGACGAUAACAGUAUCCAAAUGAAAAAAGAUCUGACCACGUUCCUUUAUCACCUUAGAAUUACUGCUGAAGUAGAAGUGGUGGAAAUGCAUGACAGCGACAUCUCAGCCUACACGUAUGAGAAGACUCUGGUCAUGGAGCAGAGGUCCCAAAUCCUGAAACAAAUGCACCUGACCAAAAACGAACGUGAAAGGGAGAUUCAGAGCAUUACAGACGAAUCCCGUGGAUCGAUCAGACGCAAGAAUCCCACGAACUCCAGAUUGCACCUAAGUGUGCCAGAGGAGCAGGUGGGAGAUUGUGAAGAGAAGCCCGAAGAAGAGGUACAGCUAAUACACGAUACGAAUGCAACAGGGUUCUCUGUUACGGAGACUCUUGUAGAUUCUCCUCCAGAACCAGAGCCAGAGGGAUCUCAGGAGAAAGUCCAUCUUACCUGGACAAAGGAAAAAUUCACAGCCGACAAAAAUAAGAGUAAAAGUUCCAGCACUCCAGAAGGGAUAAGAGAUUUCUUCAAUAUGAAACCGUACGUAUAUUCUUUAAACCAAUCAAACGUUCGAAGGAUGCACACAGCUGUUAAGCUGAACGAAGUAAUUGUCAAAAAAUCUCAAGAUGCGAAACUGGUUCUCCUAAAUAUGCCUGGACCACCUCGUAAUAGGAAAGGUGAUGAAAACUAUAUGGAAUUUUUAGAAGUUCUGACAGAGCACUUGGAUCGGGUCAUGUUAGUUCGUGGUGGAGGACGAGAGGUUAUCACCAUCUACUCUUGAAGAGCAGAAAUUGGAUGAAGUUUUUGUUGCACUAAACAGGAGCCUUCAACCUCUCUCCCACCAUCCUACAGGCAUCCAGGAGAAAUCUGAGAGAGUGGGGAGGCGUGUGGUCAGUGCUCAGAAACUUCACUUGCUUCCACCAACCCCCUUAUAAAUGCCCUUACAUGUGAACUGCAGCACCAGAUCUUCCAUUCCAGCACAAGUGCAACUGUUCCUCAUAUCUUCAUCAGAGUGCCACUGGUGAAGUUGAUAUAUAAAUCUUUACAUAAAGUCUAUGUACAUUUCUUAUACUGAGCCGCACUGCUUAAGACGCUACCAAUACUGGCCCCCUUUGUGCAUCCUGUGACCCACUGUUGCACCAUUCUCUCCCUGAAACAGACUUGGAGAAUACAUGGGUUGUACUGGCAGAAUUCUGGAUAUAGUUUUUGUUGUUUUUUUUAUUUUUUUGUUUGUUCGAUGUUCCUCUUCGCAUUCUUACAUUCUUGUGACAAUGACCAAUUUCGUCGUUUGAGGCACUAGUAAGACAAGUUAAGGGAGAGAGGGGGGUAUUCACCAGCAUGCUUAACGUUUCAAAUGUUCCUCUCUCUAUACUCUUUUCUUGAGUGCCACUAUCUUCUCCUUGGCGCCAGCACGAGCAUUUUGACGGGACUUACGGAAACAGCAACGUGAGUGUGGUUAUGUCAAAGUGUUUACUCUUUAUCCAGACUAUGGGACGAAGAAAUACAACAUAGUACACACUAUACGGAGGACUUUUAAACGUGAAAAGGAAAUAAAACAGCGUGAAGGGGGUUAUCUCUCUAAGAAUAUGUUUGAUGCUGAGGAGCCUGUUGCAAUAAUAAUCUGAUGCAAAAAUAUAAAAGAGAAAAAAGUACAUAAAAAAAAAAGGGCAGGGAAAAAAAAGGGAAAAGUAACUAAUUAGGUACUAUCGUCUGCCUUUACUAUAAUAUAACCCUUCCUUUCAUAGACUGCCCUCUGAUCAGGAGCUGUGCCAGAGAAAUGAUACACAGUGAUUUAAUCAACUUUGUAAAUGGGCCCCGGGGCCUUAUGUUUUGUGUUGUUUCUUUAAAUAUAGCAUCAGUGGCAGGGAACCACAAUGCACCCUACAGAGACUGUGAGCUGCUCUCAUUCUCGCUCUCUUUGUCUCAAUGCAUGGUCUAGGAUAGACUGCUUUUCGUACCAAUCACCUCAUGCUGAACCUCACUCACCUCAAGUGGUUUUGUGCUUGCUCUUCUCCACAUUAAAAUGAUUUGUCCAUUACAUGUCUGAAAAGUCUAGAGUUAGCAGUGAUUGGAUUUGAUAGCUGUUUAGUUAAGGUGUGUGACAUAAUCUGUGAUAUUGUUUACUCAAGAAUUAUUAAAAUGAUAUUCAGCUGGUGUUGUGCAUGCACGUUUGGACCUCACCUAUCCCACUAGAGAUGAUAGCUUGAUGGAGUCCCAAUAUAUCUCCAAAAUUCCGUCUUCCAGUAAAGGAAUACUUUCAAAUGAUAAAUUUUCCCAUAGCACUAUAUAUUUUGAAAUACAUUUUAGGAAGGGUGAAGAAUAGCGAAACAGGGCAGUACAGGGCGGGAGUUUGUCAAUUUCGACUAAGCACUGUGUUAAUUUUUGAUUGGUGACAUUUUUCUGCCAACCACUGAUGUCAUCCUAUCCCGUUGAUGCCAAAUGAGUGCAAAUACGUAACAUGAUGACAUCACCGUGAUGUAGUUGCAAGAUUAUCUGUUACCAUUUGGGAAGUGCGGUUUCGGCAACCUUAUAUUUGAGUUAGGACUUUAAAAUCGCCAUUUUAAUGAGUGGUGUUAAUUUGAACAAAAAAAAAAAAAACAACAACACAAAAAAACACACACUUCUAGGCUGUUUGGAGUAAAAUUGGAUUAGGUAUCAAAUACAGCCUUUGAUUAUAUAUUUUAAUAUAUUUUUAAUAAAUGUUAACCCUGAUUAAAAGUGUAAUCUAGCAACACCAUUCUGACUUAGCUCCCACUGUCUAGAAUCCCUACAUAGACACUGCAAGCCCUGGAUCUUAUGAAAAACAUAUAUUUUUAACUAAAUAAUUUAAACCGAUUUUAAUCUUAUUUGGCCUUUUUUUAUGUUUCAGCUCGAAGCUUAAUGCCAAAAAAAAACCAACAUAAUAAUUGACAUGUAUUUUCCGACAAAUAUGUAGGUUUUUAUUCCUUAUAGCCCUUAUGCACUGGAAAUAAUGUCAUGUUAGCAAAUGUCAUGCAUAGCUACUGUUAACUGCGUCUAUGGGGAAAGUCAUAAAUAUGCUUCAUUUGUUGUUGUUGUAUCUCUAAAGAGCCUCCAUAUAUUGUUAUAUGAGCUAGUUCAAGGUUCUAGCACUAGAGAAGUAUUUAACUGUGGCAAAGGAAAAGCAAUUCUCUCAUUAACACCUGUGAGCAUUUUUUUUUUUUGUUAUCAGGUAUAAACUUAUCAAUAGUCGUAGAAUCCAGCCCUUGGAGUAAACAGGGGACACACAAUUGGAUAUACUCUCUAAAAACACUGGUGAAAUAUAGGAUAUAUAUACCAGGACAUGGCAAAAAGAUUUAUUUUUUUUAAAUCUAUGUUUUGCUGUUGGUAAAACCCAUUCUAAAACAUAUAAAGAAAAAAAUGUCACACAAUAGAAGACAUAACUAAAUUUAACUAGAUUAACUAAAUAAACUAGAUUUAACAAUCUAAAAGAAAAAGGAUGUUUUGGGAAUAUUUAUCUAUGCCAACAAAAAAAGGUUUAAUAUUAUAGUAAUUUCAAAUAUGGUUGUUAAAUUUAUGAUUUAUCGGCAGAUGUAGAGUAGUAUUCUCCUCGGCAGUACUGGAGUUAAUUUUAAAAAAAAUAUAAAAACAGAAAAAAAAACAAAUAUGAACCAAUGAUGUAGUUUGUGUAUUUGUAUUUGCUGUUGUAUGAAGUCCUUUUUCUGUUGUUUUAUUUAUAUAUUUAUUUAUUUAUAUUUCUGACUACUCCAUUUUGCCUUGUAUGGAAUGAGUAAUUCACCAGUCCCGCAUGCUUGUGAUAGACACUGCAAAUUUUGAAUCGGUGGAGCUAUUGUGCAAAAAAAAAAAAAAAAAAAAAAAGCAUGCUGUUAUGUCUGUAAUCAUGCACUUAACCAGUAACAGCACCUUACUGUAAUUGAAAAUUAAGUUUAUGUUGUGAAAAUGAAGCUGGGACAGCCAGCAAAUUAAGGUGGACUGGCUGGUUUGAAUUUGCAUGUGAGCAGAGUGUCCCCUGGUUUUUGUUACUUGUUCCGUAAAGUGCCUCUUAAGAAUGAAAAACUGGUUCUCUCCUUGCUCCAGGUGUUGUUCCUAGUGUAGUUGACAGCAAACAAUAUCCAAUGAAAAAGACAAACGUAAAUUAAAUGUUGAAGAACACCAUUCUUUUAGAACGAGGGGAGGACAACAGGUAACUGUCCACGUGGUUGUGGAAUUCCAUCUCCUGUGAUGCAUUGCCUGCCUACAGCCGAACAGCUACCUUUUCAGCCACCCCUACAUUCAAAAGAUAGAAAGUACUCCCAUACUGAAGAAAUGUGAAUAUUAUUUUAAAACGCAUAUAAUCUGCUGUCCAUUUCUUUAGCUAGAGCAUUAUAAGAGAGCUUGCCACAGAGCCACCUUUUUUAAGGUCACUACGUGAGAAUGAUUUAUAGCAAUCAUAUGGGUUUGGAAAAGGGAGUGAAAAUGUAUGCCUUGCAAAAAAAAAAAAAACGUAGAUUUAAAAACGAAGUAGGCCUCGUUAGCAGGCACUGCUCUUUAUUAUUUGUGGAGCACUUUACCCAAGAGGCCAGAAUAAUCAUCGAAACAUGCUAAGUCUCUGUAUUUGUGCUGUAGCUCAGUUAGAACGCACACAUUCUUGCUUCUAUGCAGACAUAUCAGGGACCUUUGCGUAAAAAUAAAAUAUUUUGGUAACAGUUCUAUCAUCUUCAAAGGAUGUAGAGCGAGGAGACCUGUUCGUUUCGCAGCCAUUAGCACUGACUGGAGCUGGUGGAUAAACCCUUUGCUCUUUGUGUGACAGGAUGCUAAUGGUAGAGCGAGGAUACCUUCUCUAGCAUCUUCCAGUACUCCUAUGCUGCUAAAAAGCAUGUCAUGUAUUAACUUUUUCUUUUCAGGGGAGGGGCUUGGAACUUGACGUUAAUAUGGCAGCUUAGAUUUUUUUGGGACGGUGGGGACCUAAAUCGGUGAUUUGGAAUUUACAAGUUGCACUACAAGAGCCAGGGUGGUUUCUGGCAACCAGCUGGCUUUCAGUAAAAGAUGGACUCCCGAUAGCUUCAAGUCUCCUACUGAACUCACUUUUGUGCUAUUUGUGCAAUAUACAUACAUAUAUAUAAAAAUAAAAAAUAUAUAUAUAUAUUUACAGAUAUUAUGAUAAUUACCACAAACAAUUCCAACCCCGAUGACCCAAUAGCACUCUAUGUUUUAUGUACCUCCCAGUGACUGAGUGUAGUAUUUCUUUAGACCGCUAGCAACUCUGAAAUGCUUUAAACUUUUUUUGUUCAUAAAACUAUAGAUAGAUUUAACCUGUGUACAGAUAUUACGGUUACAAACCAAAUGAAAACACUGCUAUAUAUAUCUGCUGCUUUUUUUGUUUGUGUAACUAACUCUUCUGUACUGAUGUUUUGUGCAGUUAAUUCCUGUGUAGUUUAACUCUGUGAUUGAUUGCAAUCUACCUUACUUACUCAUUACAUAGCUUUAAUGUGCAGAUUUCAUUUGUUUUGAGACUCCUGUCAGCACAAAAUGCAAUAAAAUUAAUUUUAUUACA